AUGCCCAUCAACCACCCUUUCCACCCAGCCCAUCACCUGCUCUUCCAAGACCUGGGCCCGCUGAUUGUGACAGAGAGCUGGAAGAGCUGGAAGGAUGCGCUGGGCAAGGUGAACUAUGCGGCAAGCCUUGUGGACUGGUUCGUCGAGGAGGCUCUUCGGACCGAAGGGAUCAUUGUCCCCAGCUCUACCCCUGCCGUCAGAAAUCUCGUCAUCAAACAGCCCAUCGGUGUCGUCGCUGCUCUAUGUCCCUGGAACUUCCCGGCGGCUAAUAUCACCCGCAAGGUUGCGCGCACUGCGUGCACAAUACGACCUCCAGCAAUGGCACCUCAAGCGGCCCGGCUUCCUCGCCCGCCGCCCCCACCACUUGGGCUCCGACUCGGCGACCCAGACCGAGCCCCGCAACAGCAGCAGCGGGGCAAGGAGAAGCCGGGGCCGUCGUCCCGGACACGUUCCGUGCCCCUCCUCCCAGUGGUCGCCGGCUCCGCGACCAGUCCUAGCCUUGACAGACUCUGGGAGAUGUACGGGGCCCGGACGGUGGAGAUGGGGAUCCACGGGAAAGAGUGCUUAUUGCGCGCCAAGGAGUGUUUCAAGUGGGCAUGUGCGUGUCUCCCUGGAAACAGCGUAUUUUAUUGA